CUCUGUGGGCGCCCCUUUCGUAGCGCGGAAGGGACGGGAAAAGAAGCCGAGCCUCUCGCGGCCAGAGGGUGGAGGAAGGAGGAGGGUCGAAGCUGAAGAGAGCCUUAGAAUGGGCGAGGGAAUCGCCUCGGCGGCGGGUAGGUGCGAAAGCUCCUGCCACGGCUGUCUCUAGCCCCUGCGUCCCCUUUUGGGUAGUAAUUGUUGCUCUCGAAUAACAGAGGAGGAAAGUGGCGCCGAAAAAGCCAACUCUCCUUUCUUAUCCAGAAUCUGGCUAGAACUGUGCUGGAUUUUCGUUGGAUCGGGUUGGCGUUGGCGGGCGGGCGGGCGGCCCGAAGCGCGGAAAAAAGCUGUAAGGGAAAAGAGGGAGCGGCCCGGGACGAAAAAAUAGAGACACUUCGGAGAUUUCGUGCAUUUCGAGUAUCUCUUGGAAAAACUGGAGACCUACGACCCCAGCUGAACGGGUGACAGUAGAGGGUCAGGAAGAGAACGGAUAAGUACUUUUAACUUGCAGUGGAGGGGCAUCUUCCCCACCAAUGAAGGAAGUGGAUCAUUUGACCACAUUACAUGCUUUUAUCUUCUCCAUGAAAUCUGAAGUUCAGAGAAAGUUUGGACAAAACAUUCAAGAUAAAGUUUUUCCCUCAUUUUCUGAACAAGUGGAUUUAACGUUCUUCAUUUUUACUUCUAACAUUGUUAUUUAGAGAAGAGAACAAUUGUUCAUCACUACAACAUUUUUAGUCUGGGAAUAUUUACUAUUAUCUAAAAGACAAUCAUACAUUAUAUUGGUCAUUUAAAUUUUUUGUAGAUUAUUGUCUGCAAUCUUUUAAUACAGAUUCUUGACAAUGCAUUGAUUUUACUACAUUUUUAACACAACCACCUCAAUGUUUAUUGAUGUACGAAUAUGAGAUUUAAAGUGGGGUAAAUUGAUUGCUCUCUUAAGCCAUUUCAGAGUGCAAUAAAUUGAAAUUCAGAUUAUGGCAGCAAGCUAUAAAAGAGUAAUAACAACAGUGAAUUGUUACAGCAGUGCUAUAAUAGAUAAUCAGCUUCAAAAUGUUGUGCAUUAUUGCACAGGGACAUGUCAAGUAUUCAAACAAGGAAUUAUGUGCAUAGUGGCCCACCACAGUGUUUGUGCAAAAUUACUUAAAGUUUCUACACCUAAUUUUAGAAAUUCAGAUUUGACCCACAGAUUUUCAAUGCCUGAAAAUUCCAUUGCUUUGCCUGGGGAUGAAGAUUAUCAUCAGCUCCUUCCUAGUAAUCCAAAACUAAAAAAAGGAUCUUCUGUUCAAAGCAGUGGAAAUCUAAAAGAUAUCACUGAAGAAGCCAUAAAUCUUGCUAGUGGAAAAAUAAAAGAAUUCUCAUUUGAAAAACUGAGAAAUUCUUCAAACCAGGCAAACUAUAGAAAAGGAAGAAAAGUUAAGUCAGACCAAUUCAGCAGAAGAUCACUAGAUUUUGACUUGAUCAGUGGAUCUUUCAGCAGUGAUGAAAUUUUUUCCCCUCCUAAUGGCGUUCUAAAUAAUUGUUCCCAUGAAGAAAAAUGGCAUGUCAGCAGCCCAUCGGUUAAGGAAAGUGGGAGUUCUAUAGUUCCAUUGCCUAUAGAAACUUUUCCUGAUGGCAAUUUUAUAACACAAAUUUUGGAAAAGCACAAACUGGAUGGUUCUUCCAGUGGAGAUAUUAAGAUGUGCUUAGAUAUCUUGCUAAAAUGCUCAGAGGACUUGAAGAAGUGUACAGAUAUAAUAAAGCAAUGCAUUAAGAAGAAAUCUUCAGGAAAUGUCAAUAGUGGAAACAAUAGUGAGUCCUUGGGCAAUUCUGAAAUAAUCUAUAUGAAUCUAAUGACAAGAUUUUCUUCUUACCUAAAACAGUUGCCUUUUGAAUUUAGACAUCCUGGUGACAUGGUAGAACUGAUUAAUAGUUUGUCUGCUUUGGAGCAAUCUCAUUUCUCCCCAAUAUUUGGCAAUGAGCAACCACCAAGAUAUGAAGAUGUUGUCACUUCUGCAUCAUCUGUAGCAAAGCAAUCAUUUCCCUCUAACUUAAAGAGAAUUCAGGAUAAUAAUGAUGCAGAUUCCUCAACCAACCUUAUCCAAAUCCCUAGUGUAGAUGCAUUGCAGAACAAUAUAGAUUCUAGAAAUGAUUCUCAUGUACUACCUCAGUUACAAUUUCAAAAUCCUUCAGAUUGUGUUUUUCCCACAGAAUCUCUAUAUAUUGUAGAAGAAUCAGAUGGGAAAAAAGUAAGGGGAGGUGCAUCAAGUGUUCAGAGUAGAACAAUAAGCGGAGAUUCAGAGAGCAGCCAGGAGCGAGCUGAAUUGCUAAAUCCUUCUUUAGAACUUACUAAAACUUCACAUAAUGUUACAGAGCCUCUGUCAAAGGGUGAUCACUCCAUUUUAGCAGAUUCCAUUGAUCAAACCUUGAACUAUAAUGUUCAGGUCUCUAAAGAAGAGCUUAGAAAAAACAAUCAAGAAGAGAUAGAUAAACUUUUGUUGGAUUUGGAGAAUUUUUCACAAAAAAUGGAAAUUACACUGAGAGAAACUACGGUGGAGCAGACUGAUUCUAGAUAUUUGAAAAGUAGUGAUUUAACCAGUGAAGACAAAGGCAAAGAUUGUUUUUCUGAAGACAAAAGUGUGUCUUCUUCCUUAUCAAAACUUGUAGAAAUCAAUGGUCAUAAAAUGGAUGAAGAUGACAAAACUCUUUUAUUGCGUAUUUUGGAGAGUAUUGAAGACUUUGCCCAAGAACUAGUAGAAUUCCAAUUGGGCAAAGGAAGCCUAUCAAAAGAGAAAGAAGUGAUGCAUAUUCUUCAGGAAACUUUAGCCACACCUUCCACCACAGUUGACAAGCAGAGCUACAUAGAUACAGCGAAGAAAAAACCCGUGUCGCCAUUAAUUCAACAGAUGCCAGAGGUUAUCAAGGUCCAAAAUAAGCAAGAUAAAAAACCGGUGACACCAUCUCUAACUCCUACAAAUUCAACAAUCACCCCACAGUCUCUACUGUCUACAAAUAAAGAAACUGUUGGUGCUCCCUUGUCCAUAAACAUUCCAACUUUCUAUUUUCCCUAUGGACUUCCGAAUAUCUGCAAUAAUCAUGAUGAAAUUAUUACAAAAGUUGAAGCAGCCUUUUCAGAAUUUGAAGAUAAGAAAGUUCCCUAUAAUGAAAUGGGGAAAAUUAUAAAAAUAUGUGGCUGUCCCCUAUACUGGAAAGCCCCCAUGUUCAAUGCAUCUGGAGGAGAGCAGACAGGAUUUGUAUCUGUACAUUCAUUUGUGGCCAUGUGGAGAAAGAUUCUACACAACUGUCAUGAUGAUGCAUCAAAAUUUAUUUGCCUUUUAGCAAAACCUAACUGUAACUAUCUGGAACAAGAAGAUUUCAUCCCAAUACUGCAGGAUAUAGUUGAAACUCAUCCAGGAUUGACAUUUCUAAAGGAUGCCCCGGAAUUUCAUUCCCGCUACAUUACUACGGUUAUUCAAAGAAUAUUUUACAUAGUGAAUAGAUCAUGGUCUAGAAAAAUAUCAUUAAUAGAGCUGAAGAAAAGCAACUUUCUGCAAACUCUAGCUCUCUUAGAAGAAGAAGAAGACAUUAAUCAAAUAACUGAUUAUUUUUCCUAUGAGCACUUCUAUGUUAUUUAUUGUAAAUUCUGGGAAUUGGACACUGAUCACGAUCUGUAUAUCAAUCAGAGCGAUUUGGCUAGAUACAAUGAUCAAGCUUUGUCAAGCAGAAUUAUAGAAAGAAUAUUCACUGGAGCUGUUCUUAGAGGAAGUCAAGAACAAAAAGAAAACCAGAUGAGCUAUGCAGACUUUGUGUGGUUUCUGAUCUCGGAAGAAGACAAAAGAUGCCUCACAAGUAUUGAGUAUUGGUUCCGAUGCAUGGAUUUAGAUGGGGAUGGCACACUAUCAAUGUAUGAACUUGAGUAUUUUUAUGAAGAACAGUGUGAGAGGAUGGAAUCUAUGGGCAUUGAGCCGUUGCCCUUCCAUGACCUAUUGUGCCAAAUGCUUGAUCUAGUAAAACCAGAAUAUGAGGGAAGAAUUACUCUACGAGAUUUGAAGAGAUGUAGAAUGGCUCAUGUAUUUUAUAAUACUUUCUUUAACCUUGAAAAGUAUCUGGACAAUGAACAACGGGAUCCCUUUGCUGUGCAAAAGGAUGUUGAAAAUGAUAGUCCAGAACCCUCUGAUUGGGACAGAUAUGCUGCUGAGGAAUAUGAAAUUCUUGUAGCUGAGGAGUCUGGCAGUGUACAGUUACAAGAAGGUUCCUUUGAAGAUGAUUAUGAAACAGAUGAACUCUUAUCUAUGUCUGAAAUUGGAGAAAAGUCAGAUAAUUUAGUUAUUUCGCAUCUUUCAGCGUAAGAAUGGAGAUUUGCCCUCAAAGUCUACCAUUAUUAAACACAAGACUUCAGUUCUUACAUUUGAAGAAACAAUAAUGUUAUUUGAUGAAGUACCAACAUCUGAAACAAAAACAUAAUUAUGCAAGAUAUAUUAUUUGUUUCUCUAAUGUGAUAAUUUUCCUAACUAUUGGGGUAUACAUAGAAUUUGUGCAGACAUUCAUGGAACCUGUAAAGAAACAACAAAGACUGGAUAAAGGUGAAAAGCUUCAUAUUUAUAUAUAAAAAAAGAAUUAAAAACAAUCAAUAAAUACUUGAGGAUUUUUUUUCUAUUUUGGAUUAUUCCUCCUCCUUUUCUUAUUUAGAUGCUAUGUUCAGCUUCUUUCUUGUAUUACAAUGUAAUUGUAUACUAAUAUUCAGUUUUUUGAUGUAUCAGAAGUACCUGACAAUUUCUAGAUUAUUUCUAGCUCACUUCAGAUAUUUAUAUGCAUUAUAGAAUACUGAAUGAUAAUAAUAUGGAAUUUUCAAGAGUUUAUUUAAAUCUAGUAUCAAAUUCAUGUUUCUUUGGUUUAAAGUAUAAUAUAGAAGAGAUGGCCCAUUUGUUUUCAUAGUUGUUCUUCAUGGGGAUUUUUGCGGAUGUAAUUUUACUAGAAUUCUUCUCAAAAAGCAUUAAUGCUUUAAUAAAUGCAACAAUCCCCCUCCAUAAAAGAGAAAUUGGAAUAUGUUUUCCAAACUUAAAUCAAAGAAGUGAAUGACCUAAAAUUUAUAGCUGAUAGCAAAGCCCUAUCAAAUUAAAGUAUUUUAAAUUGAAGUGUAGAAAAAUCCUCAUUUGUAUAAAGGAAACAUUUACAAUAAAUUCUUUAAAUGGUUCUUAGUAGUAUAAAAUUGGCUCCCUCUCAUGAGCCAGUAUAUUCCUCUCAGUGAAGGUCUUCAAACAAAGACUGUAUGGCCACCUUUUGAAAAUGUUUUAGCAAAUCCAGCAGUGAGUAGGAGAUUGGACUUUCAAUCAGAGGUGUUUUCAUUUUAUGAUUCUGUGAUAAAACAAUGCCAUAGUGACAAUCUGUUUAGAAGUGAUAAUGAAGUGGUAGAAAGCUUCUGCCUUUUAGGAUGAACAUUAAAGAAACAAGCAAUCAAGGAAUAUACUACAGUCUAGCACUUAGUAGCCAUGAAGACCUUAAAAAGAUACUUAGAUGCUAGGAUGUGUGCAUACCUACAGAGAUCAGAAUAGUGCAGGUAAUCAUAUUUCUGUGACAUUUUUCUGGAAGUUAAAAUUGUAAUUUGAAAUCAGGCUAGUAAAGAGCAUUGCUUCUUUUGAACUUUUGUGUUGGAUAAGACUUGUUAGAAUACCAUGGACAGUCAGGAAAACAAAGAACAAAUGGAUUAUGAAACAAUUGAAAUCCAUAAUUCUCACUUGAGGUACAACUGAGUAGGUUCAAACUAUUCUACUUCAAAUGCAUCACUGAAAGACCUAGAUCUCUAGAGAAGAUGAAAAUGCUGUGAACGAUGGAAGGAAAUGAAAUACCAGUAGCAAGAUGGAUGAAUUUAGUUACAGUAGUGAUAGGUGCAUUAUUGGAAGACCUGAAGAAGCAGGUUAGGGACAGAUCAUCAUGGAAAAAUCUAUAUGGUCUCCAAGAGUUGACAAAAACUUGCUGGUGUAUAAUCAUCCAAUCAAUCAGCAUACGCUAACAUUACAAGCAACGAACAGAAUACUGUAGUUUAAUAUUGCGUAUAAGCAAAUGUUCCUGAUGAUGAAAUGAUUCAGUUCAGGAACCGAGAAAAUAGUCUGCAACAAACACACUUUAAGUGGUAUUAUAUGUGAAUUGCAAAUGAGAAGGCUUUUUGUGAAAAUACCUUUUUGUUCAGUCCUACAGGUUAAUUUUUAAUGGAUGUUUUUCUAAGGCACCUGGUUCACCACCACCAAAAAUCUAUAUGAACAUAGCUGUCUGAAAAUGCUUCUGUAGCAGAUUUUAGUGCCAAUGUGUAUAAGGAUUUUUCUGUGUUCUGAAGGGAUUGGUGAUAAAUUUUUGUCCAUUUCUCAUGUGGUGAUAGAACAGCUUAAACUCAAUUUCCUUUGAAAGACAUGUUUUGCAUUCAUCUUUAAAGUACUGUUUUAAUUUAAGUGAUUGAAUAUGAGCAUACUUUGGGCAAAUUGAACAAGUUAGGAAUUACAAUGUUCAAUUCCUAAGUGCUUAGCUUAUUUCUGAUAACACAAUACUAAUAAUUGUGCAUUGUAAAAAUACACUAAAAGAUUUUAUUUUUCCUAUGUGUGUGUGUAUCCUUGAAUAUAUAUCUUGGGAAUUCUGGGUAGAAACAUGAUGAUGAUACUGUAGUAGCAGAAUUAUAGUCAGUCUAACAUAUCAUUUACAGUUUAAUUUGCAUGCUAAAGAUUUGAAGUAAGUUGGGCUUGAGGGUUCCCUUUAAAUGCCAUCAGACAACUAUGAAAUAUCUACAGUAACAAUGUGUUAAGAGUUGAUAUUAGUAUUUAUCUAGCUUGUUAAGCUAGUAAUUUUCAUUUUGACUAUGAAAGUUUUGCCCCAUAGCCCCAAGUAGAUUAACAAUUUUCUGGGUUAUAAAUCUGUGCAAAAGGUUCAAAGCAAUUGGAGGGGAAAAUUCAAAUUCAGUAUCCAGCAGAUUCCAGCUAUUUUUGAAGAAAGCCAUAGUCUGAAAGCCUGGAGGACUAUUACUAAUGAAUUUAUAUAAUAUUCAUCUGGAAGGACCUAUUGCAUAAGAUAAAUUCCACUAUGAUGUACAUUUUUUACACUACCAAAUAUUUUUCAAUAAAAUCCUAUAUAGUUGAAAGAAAAUUUUGUUUCAAAGACUUAGUCUAUUGCACCUUAUUAGUCUAUUGCACCUAGAGCUUAUUGCACCUUUUU